AUGGAGGAAGACACGAAUUUCAGGGCCCUGUACCUCCAAAACCUCCACCCCAACCUUAGCCAGCUACUAGGCGUGUACGCCUGCCCCCUUACACAGGACAUACGGCAACUGAAGACCCUGGUGGCACGAGCACAAGGCAAACAUCUGCUCAAGACACAGGCGAAGCCGCACACCCAACCUACAGUGUACAGCGUGGAAAACCACAUGGAACUGGAAGGCGCACCAACGGCCCGGAAACACAAAUGGGGAACCGACCACGGACCCCAGAGGAAUAACCACAAACACACGGACCCGAAGAACGGACAGCCACGCGACCAGCACCUCCCGCAAUACGGCGAGAGACGCGCCGGCCAGGCCGACGGGAAAGACCGCGCGCCACAACGGUCCCACCAAGACCGCACUGCCACAACCAUUAAUAAGGACAACCUUUCUAGGGAGGAACAAUCCCUCCUCCGCACGCUCCUGCGCAAAGCCAGAGAGAAGCCAGACAACGCCGACGUGUUCGCAGUGUCCGUGUCGGAUGACGCCGAGAACGCUCCCUACCACAUGGACGACGGCCUCGGCGGACAGGAGCUAAAUGACGACUACUCAAACGCACCAACGGUGGACACCUGCUACGACCAGAGGGAUGUCAUGGUAAUACAGGUAAACUCCAUCACAGACCCACGAGAGGACGGCCCCUCGACAACCAUCUGCGAACCACCGUUCCACCAAUUCAUGGGCGACCUACAACAAAGAGGUACCUACGGGAAACUCUACCUGCCCGUAACACUCGAAGACCAAUGGGAACACGAGGCGCUCGUGGACACAGCUGCCGAUAUCAGCCUGAUUGGCAAAGACCUCUUCGGUAAGUUACAGUCUAUGGCCAGUAAAUCCCACAGACACCUAAAAACGCAGCCAUGCGACUUAGAAAUAACACCCUAUUCCCAGGUGGAUACGACCAUACGUAAAAUGGCUCUAAUGCGACUGACCGUGGGCCCCAUGACACUGGUCCACCCGGUCUACAUCUCCCCAUUCAACACGCAUCCGCUCCUAUUGGGCCAGGACCUUCUAAAUCGGUUUAAGCCCCUAAUAGACUACCAACGUCUAAAGAUCUGGACACAGGUCCGGGAGCCCUUGCCCAUCCCACGCCCGUUGGGCGAAAACCACCGCUACUCCAUAGACGCGCCGCCCACGAACGGCCCACAGCCCGCCGCGGCACAACCUGAAACCGAUCAGGGGACGCCCACAACCGGCACGAACGCCACGCGCACGGCCCCCGACCUCGACAGGGGUCUGUCCACAGAGGGGGGAGGCAUGGACACGCCUCCCCUGGGGAAGUCUAUAUGA